AUGGGCAACAAGUGCAGCAACAGUGACCACAAAGACAGACCCGACUCCGUCGUCACGGCCCUAGAGAUCAUCAGAGAAGCCCAGAGGAAGUAUUUCAACAGUCACAUCGAGGAUGAACAUGACGACUGUUUCGACGAUAACGACAUGGAAAACUCCAUAGACUUCGACGAUGACGCCUUUGAGGACACACCACUAGAUCCAUCUGUGGUGGUAGGAACUACCAAUAUUCUCUUAUCCACAAUAAACACUGCAUUUGACGAUAGCGCUUCUACCGCAUCAGAAGAUGGAACACUGACUAAAAGGAAUACCAAAGUAAAUAAAGAUCUUAACCAGACAACAGCUGCCCGUAAUAAUGUGUCAGACAUCAACACAGACGUCACACAAACAGAUAGUGCCCCAUCUAAAGCAAGCCAUGUCAAGAAGCGGGAGAAAGCCAAGUAUAUCAGGUUGAGUAAACGAGGAAACUUCUUCUCUAUCUUUAACACAGAGGACAAGAAAGCCAGAUCCGUGGAUCCUAAGAUGUACUUGUAUCCGUUUGAGAACAUUGUCUUUGAGGGAGGAGGCAACAAAGGGCUGGCUUACUGUGGUGCCGUUAGGCUGUUGGAGGAGUUGAACAUAUGGCCGCAGAUCCGACGACUUGCAGGAACCAGCGCCGGCGCCAUGACAGCGGCCCUUCUUGCAGUGGGCUACAAUUCCCAUGACCUGGAGCAGUUCUUCAGCCUUAAUCUAAACAAAAUUUUCUUGGAUCACAAGUUUGGGUAUCUCAGUCUCCUUCCAAACCUCUUGACUUCCUAUGGCUGGAAUCCUGGGAAUAGAAUCUACAAAUGGUUUGGUCAAAGAAUAUGCGAUAAAACUGGAGAUAUGGAUACAACUUUUAAACAGGUGUACGAACGUUACCACCGUGAGCUGUGUGUUGUAGUCACCAAUCUCAACCAGAUGACAACUCUCUACUGUCACCCGAAGACCACACCUGACAUGCCAGUGAGACUAGCAGUUCGUAUGUCAAUGAGUAUCCCAGGAAUGUUUAAAGCUGUGAAACACACUCUGUACGGACAGACAGACAUCUAUGUGGACGGCGGAGUUCUGUGUAACUACCCUAUACAUUGUUUCGAUGGCUGGUGGUUGUCAAUGAAACCGGAGGACAACUUCCUGGAGAAACUUCAGCCCUUGGAGGAUAUUCCAAGGCUCCUAGAAAGAAGUGAACGAUUUGGUACCUACAAUGAUAGAACCCUGGGGAUGCAACUGUACUCGGACAACGAGCAAGACUUACUAAAGUACCAGCUAGAGAACUUACGCCAUGGCGUAGAGCUUCAAGAGCUCCCAAACACAAAGUUAGCAAG